CCUCUCGCCCAAGACACGGUCAUAAUCCUCAAAACCGGCUCCACCGAAAUCGCCUCCAAAUUCCCCAUCCACACAACCACCACUCUCCGCUGCUACCCUCACUCCCUCAUCUUCUCCGACCACGCCGAAAACUUCCACAACGCCACCAUCCUCGACGCCCUCGCCUCCGUCUCCCCAGCCAUUCAAGCCACACACCCGGACUUCCACCUCUGGCGGCGUCUGAAACAGAACGGCAGAGAAGCCCUCGAUGGGUCUGAACUCGCUGGACCAGGGGGUAUGGCCGACCCCAACGGCACCGGCCACGCCUCCAACCCCGGCUGGAAACUCGACAAAUGGAAAUUCCUCCCCAUGCUCGCCGCAACCUACACCCUCCACCCUUCCAAAAAAUGGUACAUCUUCCUCGAAACAGACACCUACCUCUUCUUCCAAUCCGCCCUCUCCCACCUCUCCUCCCUCCCCAAUCCAUCAAAAGAAAAAUUCUACAUGGGCGCCGACACCCUCAUCGGCGACACGCACUUCACCCACGGCGGGUCCGGAUUCGCCAUCUCCCACGCCGCCAUGUCCGCCGUCGUGGAAUUGUACCAGUCCGAACAAGCGCAUUGGGAACUCGUGACGGAUAAUCACUGGGCGGGGGACGCGGUGCUGGGUCUCGCGAUGGCGAAAGCGGGGGUCAGCGUGAUGGGGGCGGCGCCGACGUGGCAGGGACGGGGGAUUGGGGAUGUGGAGUUUGGAGAGGAAGAGGGGAAGGGACGGUGGUGUGCGCCGACGGUGUCGUUUCAUCAUUUGAGCGCGGACGAGGUGCGGGAGAUGUGGGAGUUUGAGCAGAAGUGGAUUUUGAGCACGAAGGGGGAUAUGGGCAGGGGGAUGAGAUGGCGGGAUGUCUAUCAAGAAUAUGUCUUACCGCGUGUCUCCGAUCGCCGGCAAGGCUGGGAGAAUACUUCCCCUUCUUCACCUGGUUCGCAGGAGACGACGGGCAUCCAGGACCUCGCAGCUUGCGCCCGCCUCUGCGAGCAAGACGGGUCGUGCGUGCAGUAUACUUUCAUCCCGACCACAGGGAGGCCGAUCGAGGGGAGGCUGAUUGAGGGGAGGUGUUUAACGAGUCCAUCCCCACGACUAGGCAGUGCGAAGGAAGGGAGUCAGGCGGGAUGGAUGAAGAGUCGCAUGGAGGCAUUUGCGGGGACGAUGCCGAGAUGU